CUUCACCUCCUCAGCGGAUAAGAACGAAACCGUGGAUUCAUAUUGCCCACUGAUCAAGCAUUAAAGCCAAAAUGCCAGAGUUGCAGUCUUCACCACCGAAUGAGAAGAUGAGUCUAAGUGCCAGUGAACUGACUGAAUUCUUCACUAUGUGGGAAGAAUUAAACUUCACAGACAACAGUGACAACAACUCGCAGGUGGAAAUGCAAAUGUGCCUCACAUCCUUCAACCGUUCUGCUCUCCUCCAUGCUAUGUGCACCCUCUACGCCUUCAUUUUUGUUGUGGGCCUGGCCGCCAACGUGCUAGUAGUGUGGGUCAACUUGCGUUCACAGCGUUAUUACCACGACACACACUUGUAUAUAUUAAACCUAGUGGUGGCUGACCUGUGUGUGGUCGCUACUCUCCCGGUGUGGGUGAGCUCGUGGGCACAGGGCGGUCACUGGCCGUUUGGCCAGGCGGCUUGCAAGCUCACACAUCUACUCUUCAGCGUCAACCUUUUCGCCAGCAUCUUCUUCCUGGCUUGCAUGAGUGUGGACCGGUAUCUUUCGGUGGUCCACUCGGGGGAGAUUUCUCUCAGAAGAGGACGACAAAUACGACGUUUAGUGUGUGCGGUAACAUGGAUGCUUGCUUUAUUCGCCUCCAUACCUGACACAUACUUCCUGCAGUCUGUAAAGUCACUACACAGUCAUGUGACUUUGUGUCAUCCUGUAUAUCCACAAGACAACCCUUUGCAGUGGAUGGUGGGCAUUCAGCUGAGUUUUGUGGUUCUUGGUUUUGUCAUACCCUUCCCUGUUAUAACAGUGUCCUAUGCGCUGUUGGCAAACACUCUGGCUUCCUCUUCCUCUCAUUCCCCUUCAAAUGGCGACCAGGAUCUCAGCGUGAGCAGGAAGGUCAUCCUCACGUACAUAGUGGUUUUCAUAGCUUGCUGGGCACCCUAUCAUGCUGUGCUGUUAGCCGAUGCGCUAGCGAUGCUAGGUGUGUUCCCGCUGGGUUGCAGUUCAGAGAACGGCCUUUUUUUGGCGCUGCACCUUACGCAAUGCCUGUCGCUGCUGCACUGCUGUGUGAACCCCGUGGUCUACAGCUUUGCUCACCGUCACUACCGCUAUGACCUCAUGAAAGCCUUCAUCUUUAAAUACUCCAAACGUACGAGGUUGGAGCGACUCAUGGAGGGCUCUCAGGGCACCGAGAUGGAGUACGCAAUGGUGGACACCCCUACGGCUGUGAGCUAGGACCCUCAAGAGCAGCAUCCUCAACCGAAGUUCUGCACUGCUUCAAAACAUGAAGUCCUCUGACAUGUUUUUCUGAAAUUUAGAUAAAGAGAACUAAAUGUUUUUCAAAUGCUCAACAGUGACUCCAAAGAUACUGAAGAAUUCAUUUGAAAUGUGCCAAAGACUGAUGGGAUUUGGUAAAAUCAGAACCACUUUGAGAUGUUUUCAUUAAAUUCUGGUCAAAUUUACCAUGCGUUCUGUCAAAAUUGCAGCAAAUGACACCAAAGCAGUGACACCAAAGAUUCUAAUCAAUUCAUCUGAAAUGUUCCAAAGACUGAUAGUAUAUUUUAACAUCAGAACCAUGAACACUCAAACAAUGAAUUGAUUCCAAAUGAACUGGUAGCCUAAAUUUUGUCAUUUUGAAGCACCUGAUUUUAGUGUGUUACAGCUUGAUGCUGUAUCAUAAUUGUGUCCAAUAAUGACUUCUCAAAAAUGUUUGAUGGCUUUCAGUCAUCAUAAUAUGAUACAUAAUGCAAU